UGACGGCAUCGGGUCUCUCUGGUAAUCCGUGCCGGACUCCUCCACAACCCGAAAUUUUAAACAUCGCGCUGCGCUGAUCCUCCCCCAGCUCAAUCCCGCAACCCGAAUUCUCUUCAGAAUCCCCUCGGAUCUGUCCGAGCCCUAACCCUAGCCAUGAUGACCGGAGAUGGCGGGUUCCUCCGCGAGCUCCGAUUCAAGCUGGUGGGGUUCGACAAGGAGAAGGAAGACGAGUAUGGAGAUGCUAUAAAGAGAAAAGGUGGAUCAAUCGAGAAGCUGUUUCUUUGGCAAGGCCUCUAUCUGAUCGUAUCAAGUGAAAAGCUUAGCUAAUCCGAUCCCAUAUGUCUGAAAGCUCGCGAUAAUGGUUCUGUACUUAUAAAUGAGCUAUGGCUGGAUGAUACACUGCAGAACGGAGCUCUUGCCGAUAUCAAUAACAUACUAUACAGGCCCCCAGUGUCUCUCGGAGGAAUCAAAGGUGCUCAGUAUCUCAACAUUUCUCACACUGGUUUCUCAGGCCAUGAAGGUCAUUACUUAGAGAGACUUGUUGAUAUGGUGGGCGCACAAAAUGUUGGUAUAAGCAACGGCUCCUACUUUAUAUGCAACAGCUUGGCAGAUUAUGAUGCAUCAAAAGCAAGGGAUGUGUUUACUGUCAAUAAGAAGUGGUUAGAAGAUAGUGUCAAAGAAUGGGAAAUACUAUCUGUUGACGUCUACGUUUCAUGGCCUAGGAGAGCAACCUCAAGGAAAUAUAGAACUCCAAUAAAGGACAAUACUGCUAUGAACAGUGACAGGGAAGCACCAUCGACAGCAAAGAAGGUUAAAACACGAUCUCCAGAACAGAGUGAUUCAGUCAAAAAGGAAGCAUCAUCGACAGGAAAGAAGGCUAAAAUUCGAUCUCCAGAGGAGAGAGAUAUAGUCAAAAGACAAGCUCUGUCCACAGGAUGCAUGAAGACGUACCCUCCAGCAGAAGAGCAUGCUGCAUCACUUUGCAAACGGCGCUUGAAUUUCGACUGGAGGCGGCUCUCAGACUACAAGCCAAGUGAAAUGGUGGUGCAGGUGCAAAUACCCAGAAGCAACAUGGAGAAGAAAAUUGGGACAGAUGAAUUCAAGGGUGCCCUGUCAGGUUCCUAUGCAGAAAUGGCAAAUAUCCAUAGUGGAGGACAAUGCAUAAAGAACACAAUCAGCGCAAGUAGCUUCAGGGUGUCAAGGAAUUCAGGGGAAGUGAUAAUGGAUAAGCCUCAGUUAGUGGAAUAUGAAGAAAAGCUCGCCCUUGCCAACAGAAAGCAGUUUGUGCUGAUGGUGCAGGCGCACUUCAAGGAAAAGUGCUGCUCACUGCCAGAUGAUAUCGCCGAGUGGCUGGCUUGCAUUAUUGAUGUCGGGAAGGUGUCAGACAGAGUGCUGAAGAACCACAUAAACAUGCAGCACCCCGUUGAUAUCUAUGGUAGCUUUGUCGCCAUGUACUACAUCUUGAUGAGGCUGAAGGAGGAAGAUUUUACUCAGUUUGUCCAGAUAAUGAACUCAAACAUCAUGAGAAAGUACAUACCUUGGGUGCAAAACUUCAGAUGGAAGUUACUGAACGAUACGGUGAAAUAUAUACACCCCAAAAUGGCCGAGCUAAACAACCUGAGGAGCCAAGUCAGUAACUCUGGAGCAAUAGGACAGGCUGUGAUCUACAAACCGAAGAAAAGGGAUCCUGACCUUUCCGGGAUACUGGAGGUGGUACGGGACUGUUUUACUCACCCUGCAAUGAUCCAUCAGGUUUUUCUGCUGCCGGUGCUGUUAGCCGAGGGGUACCCCAGGCUACUUUUCGAUCUUCAAAGGAAGCUGUUUGAGUUGGGGCAUCUUAUGAAUCUCAGGUGAUCCCGCAAGCAAAAGUGAGCAUGUGUAGAAGGAACUGAACAGAGUGAGAACACUGAAAACACGGCGUAAAGAAACUGCAACUGGUGUGAAGGUGUGAAGGCGAAAGUGCAAGUUUGACGAAGGAGUCAGACCGCUAUAGAGAUGAGUGAUACUUGUAGAGAAGAUGACUGAUACUUGUAGAGAAUACUUGUAGAGAAUGUGUUUCUCGCCUCUCCUCCCUGAAUGCCAUGUUUCCUUCUUCCUUUGCUUAUUUUUCUAUGUCAGCUAGACACUCUCUAGCAUGUGCCUAGACCAUAUUCUUUCCACUAUAUCUAAAAGGAAAAGCCAAGAGGAAUCCCCUGUUCCAUUUGUGCCUGUUA